AUCUACAACAUCCAAUUGAUACACCCGGUUCUAUGACCAAUUAAAGACGUCAACAUGUCUACGUUUUCUCCGGACAGCGACUCAUUCGAUUCUUGGCCAAAGACGGCCAUGUUUACUACGGUGAUGCCAUUCUCCCGGCGGGCGUCAGCGACCUUGCCAAAGUGACCAAGGCAAAGGUGAUCCAGGGUGACAUCUUCGGUCAGCACUAUGUCACAGACCAGAUCUCCGAGGUUAAGAUGCUUCUUGCGCCUCUGGCCAGGAAAGAUAUUAGGACGGUCCGCUGCCUGGGUUUGAACUAUGAGCAACAUGCAAGAGAGUCCAACCUCCCCAUCCCAAAAUAUCCAGUUCUAUUCUACAAACCAGUCACGUCCAUCGCGGGCCCCAGAGAUGACAUUCCGAUAUCUACUAUGGCGCAAGAAAGCGAAGGUCUCGAUUAUGAAUGCGAACUAGUUAUCGUCAUCGGCAAGGAAGCCAAAGAUGUCCCUGAGAGCCGGGCUCUAGACUACGUGCUGGGCUACGGCGUAGGUAAUGAUGUCUCUCACCGGGAUUGGCAGAUCAAGCGAGGGGGCGGUCAAUGGGGUCUUGGGAAAGGUUUUGAUGGUUGGGCGCCGUUUGGACCAGGCAUCGUGUCCUCGCGGUUGAUCCGUGAUCCCAACGCACUUCAUAUCUCGACGAGGCUCAAUGGCCAGGUCGUUCAGUCUUCCUCUACUAAGGACAUGAUUUUCAGCGUUGCGAAGGUUGUGGCAUUUUUGUCUCAAGGCACCACCCUGUUACCGGGGGACCUGAUCUUCACCGGAACACCGCAGGGCGUGGGCAUGGGCCGAAAGCCCGCCCUCUGGCUGAAAGACGGUGAUCAGGUUGAAGUGUCUCUUGAAGGAGUGGGAUCAUGCGUGAACCAAGUUGUCUUUGACAGGCUCUCUGCUAAGCUUUAAGGGUAACCAUGUUCCUGUAGACUUUGAUUACGACAGAUCUGUAAUUGACCUGCAAAGCUGAGUGAAUAGCAUAAGUGAAAUGUUAGAUAUCAUCAGUGUUUCUCAGAGAUCGUCCAGGAUGCUAGGCCCUCAUCGUAGCGUCAUCCUCUUAUCAACUCUAUCACCCCAGUGACUCUCGAGCGAGGGACUCCCGUCCGAAGAUCAGUUAACCUGAGCUCCGUAUCCCCUGAUGGACUCGGCGAAUGCCCAGCUCUGCUUCUCAAUCUUCUGGUCCUCAUGCAUCUCCACUCCUUCCUUUGUAAUCACUGCCAACGAGAAUUUGUCGA